CUUUGAAUUUGGAAAUGGUCUUUGCUGGGCCAUGGCAUCACUACCCCAAAUGUGUAGCACAUUAGGAUCUUUCAUGAGCUGCAACAAGAUUAUCCACACACCACCAUGCAUUACCCAAUUACACAACAACAAAACUACUCAUUUCAGAAACUUAGUUUGCAAAGAAACAUGCUUUCCAUCAUCAUUAGUAGCUCAGAAGAAGGGCAUAAAUUUAUGGAAGCAAUGCCAAAAUGAAAAAUGGAAAACACGGGUUGGGGAAACUCCUGAGUUCGCUGUACAUGUCCAACAUUUCUACGAAGCCUUCAAUGAAAGAGACAUUCAAAAAUUGAAGCAAUUAGUCUCCGAUGAAUGUGUGUACCAGGACCUCCUCUUCUACACUCCCUUCAAAGCCCAGGAUGUCAUAAACUUAUGGCAGAAAUUGAUGGAAGCAAUGGGUCCAAAUAUUAAAAUUGCAGUAGAUAGCGUUACUGAGGACAAUCUCAUGGUUACUGUGUUUUGGCACUUGGGUACGUCACUCAAUUAUUAUUUAUUUAGUUUUUGGUCAACUUCACUCACUUCAUCAUUGUGGUAUAAAAACUAG